ACAGAAUAACUCAGACAUUGGAAUUGUACUGAAGACUGCGGAGGAUGAACGUAAAAACAUUACCUUGAAUUGUAUGCGCGUACACUUAACAGACACUCGACCUACUCUGAGGUUCUAUCCCCACACUGUUCCUGUUUGACGCCUAGCCAAUCAGCAGAGGCUCUUGAAGCCCUUGUCUCACCCCUCCAUUGCCGCAUCUGUGCAAUGCCGAAGAGUGACAUGUGGCCGGGUGGCAUUGCCAUGGAAUCCUUAAUCAAUAUGGACGGUGCUGGUAGCUGUGAUAGUGUGGUCAGCAUGAACUCUGGCUUUAGUGACGACAGUCUGGAGCAUCUGUCAGCUGAGGAGCGUGCUUGUCUCUUGUUUUUGGAGGAGACCAUAGAGGCUCUGGAGAUGGAGGAGGACAGAGGCCUGGCAGAAACAUUUCCACCCAGUAUCACCCCCAUGGUCCAGACCAGCCUAAUCAAUCCAUCCAAUUUCCAGCAUGAUGAAAACUGUAACGUGUCUAAGCCAUUGCUACUGGCCAAUGACUGUCCCAGCCCACUGUCCAGAGCUCCAGGUGGUGACAGUGAGCCCAAAACUGAUGUAGCCCUACAAGCUAAAACAGUAGUAAUACCAACAGACCCUAAAGCUGAGGCCCCUGGGAAAAUUGCUGCCCAGGGCCAAAGCUCAUCUCGACAUCCAGCUGGUACAGUCCCAGCUCCAGCUUCAAUUCAAGACCUAGCCACUAAGCUCCAUAACUCAGAGUUGGCUGCUGACUUGAAGACACUUGAGUUGACCGCAAACACCAAAGAACCUGAUGGGAAAUCUGCCCCUGACUUACCUGGACAGCUAAACACUUCUGGAAACCCCUCACCAGUUUCUGGGUCUGACCCCAAAGCAUCCCCUCCAGCUACCCUAGAUGGCAUAAUGGAUUCAUCCUUAGGUAGGAGGGAGGUUGAGAGCAAUCUUAAGACCAUCCCUGCAGACAGCAAGUUAGGCAAAGGUAACUUCAAUGCCCCUGGACCUAAUCUGGACCUAGCACUGAUCCCUCCUCCCUCAGACUUCAGGGAUGAGCCAGAAUCAGAACUGGAACAAGGUCCAGCUGGGCCAGAGAAAAAGACUGAAUCUACUGCACCCACAGACCCCUCUGCCCGGGGGCCUCUCACCUACAGCGAACUGGAUCAACUCCGUACGAAGGCCUCCAUGAAGAGAGCUCCACCGGCCUCCCCAGUAACCCCGGAUCCCCCUUCCAAAUUCACAAUUGACCUUCCUGGCAGCACCAUCACACCCCCUUCCACAGAAACCCUCGCCUGCCCUGUUUCUGAGGCUGCAGAGCCCCGAAGCCCCCCAGCUGUAGCGCCUAAACCCAAGAGGCUUCCCUCCAACAUCAUACUCAAGUCCCACAAGGCCGCAAUGGUGAAUCCUGAUGGUCACCAUGCCUCUUCUAACCUCACUCCCAGUGACAAGGUGAUGAUGGACCCCCAGAAGGUUCGAAGAGAGGCCUUACAGAAGCUGGGCCUCCUCAAGAGUCAACAUGUAGACUCUGGUCCCCUCCGAGGCCAAGCACAUUUACCUAAAUCCAAGAGUUCAUCUUCUGGGCUUUUUUCUCCAGCACCUACCCCUGCAUCAACAAGUGCUUCCGCCCUAGCCACAUUGCAAUCUUCGAUGUUAAACCUAGCGCCAACCCUAGCUCAAAGCACAGCCCCAACCCUAGCCCCAACACCAACCCCAGCCCCAACCCCAGCCCCAAUACCAAGACCAACCCUAGACCCAACCCCAGCCCCAGCCCCAAGCACAGUCCCAACCCCAGCCCCAACACCAACACCAACCCUAGACCCAAACCCCGCCCCAAACACAGCCCCAAACCCAGCCCCAACCACAGCCCCAAACACUGCCCCAACCCCAGCCCCAAACCCAGCCCCAACCCCAGCACCAAACAAAGCCCCAACCCCAGCCCCAAUCGCAGAUUUAGACACAGCCCAACCUAACCCAGCUCCUGCCCCUGCUUUAGCCCCAGUUGUCCCUGCUCCUGAUGCAAACUCAGUACCUGCUCCUGAUGGAAACCCAGACUCCACUAGCUCAACUUCAGUACCAGCUCCUACUUUUCCUACUGCUCCAAACCAAGCCCCAACCACUACCCCAGCUCCUAUCCCAGUCCAACCCCCUACCCAAGACACCACAUCAGUCCCAACCCCUGCUCCUGUCCCUGCCUCAGCUAUUAGCUUGGUUCCUGUCUUAAUUCCAGCCCCUGCUGCCUUCACCGACCAUGACGAACAUCUCCACUCACUUCCUGAACUAACUGUUUUUGAUUCACCCAAAAUGUCCGCAGGGGUCAAAUCAGUCACCCUGGAGCGUUCAGGCAUUGGCCUGAGCAGUUACAUUGCCAGCCAAGCCUCAGGUGAAGUUCACCAUGAUACCACAGCAGACCUCAGUCCUAGCCACCUGCGUAAUUUCAGGCCCCGGCCUGCUUCCCUCGGUAGUGGGAAAGACUUUGUUCAGGCGGGGGCCUUGCAGUCAGACACCAGGAGAUCUUUGCACAUGGCUUCUGUCCUAGAACCCUCUGAAGACCAGAAGUUGCCCCGCUCCAGUGGCAUCAGUGUGCUGAUCUGCCCCCGUGGUGAGAAUGGAUUUGACCGGCGUGAGGCCCUGAAGAAACUGGGACUGCUCAGGAACUGAGGGCCUAGAGAAUAGCCUAGAACCACACUUUUUUUACUUACACUUUUGUCAAUUAACAUGGCCUUUUCUAAUACAACAAACCAGGGAUGCUAUUGUAUUUGGUUGAUGAAAUAUGAGCAGACCUUGCCCAUAUAUUUAUAUUUAUAUUGCAUAGAUGUUUUAUUUAGCCUCUUUACAGUGCAAAACCAAUGUACACAAGACCAUGACUUACAUUAUAUAUACAACUAUGAGAAAAUUAACUACUGUAAGAAGGAUAUGUAUUUUUCAUACACCGAUUAACUGACAUGUUCAGUCACAAUUAGCACUGUAUACUUUUAUAAAUAAAAGACUACAUAUACUGCACAGAUA